ACUUUUGUCGCUCAUUGUAGGAUUCAUUUAAAGAACCGUGAUGGCAGCGUCCUGUAAGGCGUUUGUUAGCCGUGCCCUUCUCACCAUUUUCCUGGUUAAAUAGUUUUAUCUUUAUUUACAUACUUUUUUGUUUGAUAGGAAUGGUGGGAGAGAGGCUGGACGCGGUAAUUAUGGAUACGAGCAUGACAGAGCAAAUGGCCACAGUUACCCAUCUGAGACGCCAAUGGUGACAUUCAGGAACACGAACCCAGCAGAGACACCUGGGAUAGCGAUCAACGACUCCAGUGUUACUCAGAAAGCUCAGCCUGGGGAAGGGACUUACGCUGACCUUCGGGAUUUCCAUCAGAAGACACCAGCCCCUGCUACCCAGGAGCCACUAAAAAUGCCUCCUACCUAUGAAAAAACAGAAUACGCAGAAAUAUCACAAUUCCUGCGAGCGCCAGUUACAACAGAUGAAGAGACAAAAGACGAGUCAAGGCAAGAUGACCGGAGUAGCGUAAACCAAGAGGAAUCAUCCCCUGACGAGAAUAAUACCGACCGGAGUACCAUAAAGCUAGAGGAAUUAUCCCUUCACGAGAAUAAUACCGACAAUAGUGAUGAACGAGGGCAAGAAAUUUUGUUGGAAAUUUGAGCUAAGAAAGAAAUGGUAAGAUGUUGCCUUUUUUCUCCAUUGCAGCGUCUCGGAGGCCUAAAAUGAGAAUUACGUGAAUUGAUUGAUGCCAGAUUGCUUUACAGCAUUCGGUUGCUGUAUCUUCUACCCUCUUACAGUCGUAUCACUUUGAACCCUUCGAAGGUGCAAUUAACGGUCACAAUGUGUGAUACCCACGGAAAUUCAAACGUCUUCUGUACAUGCUAAAUAUUAACUGGUUUGUAAUGGCUACCUGACUCUCGAAUACUUGUCCAGUAUAGUCCACGUGACAUGAUGUUAUCGUAUUUAUUGCAUGCGUGCUGGGCAUAACAAGCGAACUGAGGCACUUGCCUCGGUAAAAAUUGGGAAUUUAUUUAUAUAUUUGAAAUUCUCAUAAGAAGCUAUGCAUAAAACAAGUAGAUCAAUAUAAGAAGCCUAUUUUUCUGGUAUUUCCUCAGUAAAAAUUUUAGUCUGACUACGGCCGUGAUUAGUCUUCAUCAAUUGGUUUAUACCAUUAUCUGUUCUUGGUUGUCUAUGUCAUUUUGGUAACGAGAAGAGGCCAUUGAAAAACAGCCCUUAAAAUCUUUGGUAAAUAUUCGAAGUCCGAAAUAUGAUUUAGCCCUACCUAAAUUUCCGAAUCCCUGGCCCUACUUUGAAGUUCUUAUCGUUGAAUACCUGUUUGGUAUCUUUCGGAUCAUCACUACCAUACGACUGGAACCUGUUAUUUAAUCUGAUGUUUUGCAUUGUGCAAAAGUAACGCAGACGAAGUUGACCGAAUAGACCUAUUUCGAUAUAUCAAAAUUCAAACUUGGCUCCAAGGCUUAGGAGAAGAAAACAAAAGAAAUUAAUUAUUCACCCUCAGCCUGGAUGUGAUUCUUUGGUUGUUAUUCCCCUCGGUCUGAGACCCCAGUUUGAAUUUUAAUAUAUUGAAAUUGGCCUAUUUCGUGCAUUCUCCAGAAUAUCACAAGCAGUUGCUAUUCUGCUUAUGCGCAAUUGUAACCACGCCCAUGUGUGAAAAAUGGCAAAUUUAAAAUUGUUGAACUCGGUUAUCGGUUAUAAAUAUUAUGUGCUUUUCCAGUGGCGGGCAGAUAAAUGAUUUGUACUAUUCGCUAUAUUAUUUGCAACACUCCCCUUUAAAGAUUUAUGGCGCCGUGGAUUGCUCCCACUUUACAUCGAUUUAAAGAACAGAAAGCUACUUUAAAAGGCACUUGUUAACAGCAGGAACACCAAAACUGCCUGGAACAAUGUUGAUGACAUGUAACCUUAACUGUAACCGUAAUCUUAACCCUUAAUCCUAAUCCCUAAUGCUAGUUUUUAAUCCUUAACUCUGAUCUGACGUGGUGUCCCAUGGUGU